CGCUCCCGAAUGGCGAAUGGUUAGGCUCCUUUUGUUUUUCUUUCUCAUCAUCCUUCGAGUGCCCGAGUUGGCGAGUUGGCGAGUUGGAUCGUUCUUCAAACUCCCUGUUCCAUUCGGACUUUGGAGUUUUAACCCCGGCGUCUCGGGAUUGCACACUGCGGAUCUACCACCCCUUUUGGGCAUCCUCGACACUUCGAGAUCAUCACUCCCUGGUACUCAAGACGGUUUAGACCCAAAGGCUGCCAUUCCUGGGUCAUCCCUUUUCGUCAUAUUCUUGUUGGCAUGCUGCUGCAGUCGAGCCGUCCAUGUCGAAUACCACCUAGUCUGGUGUAGCCAGGUGAGUAUGUGUGCUUUUCCUUUCAAGGACACGCCAUUUCAACUGUGCCUUUGUCAUGAAGCAUCGUUGAGAUGCCCAUGUACAGAGUCACAAAGUGAGAGCAGUGGUACCUAACGAGUGAAGGGUUGUCGGCUUAUAAUUCUACAAGAUCUGAUUUCUCUUCCAUAACCAACAUCACCUCUUCUCCCCCCCUUUCCAUGAUGUAAGAUGGUUAUCGAGAGUUUCAUCCGGCCACGCAAUCUUUCCCGGGCGAUCCUUUCCG